UCGGCAGAUGGAUGUCUUCAUCCGUUGGGAAUCUCCGAUGGCAGAAUCAAAGAUAAUCAAUUUACGGCUCCAUCAGCUUUUGAUGACGAUUUCACGACUUUCGGUGCUCACAGAGCGAGGCUCAAUACAACAGGAUAUCGUUCUGCACCAGAAAACGCCGGUGAAAGUUGGUUGAAAGUAGACCUUGGGCAUACUGUGGUUGUUACAGCGAUUGCAACACAAGGUUACGGCAAUCCAGAAGUUAAGGAAUGGGUUACUGCCUAUAUUUUGCUGUAUAGCCAGGGCUCAGAGUAUGUAAAUUUUAAGGAUACCAAUGGAGAAACACAGGUAAGAGGAAGCAGAUACACUUUUCCUCAAAAUUGAAUCGUGUCUUAUUUGCAAAAGGGAUACGAUUUAAAAAUUCAAAUUUUAUUGAGCGACGUUUGGAAAACUUUAAAGACUAUCCAUUUUUAGAAGCUUGGAUAAUCUGACACAAAAUUAGAGAUGAAGUUAAUAACUUUGAAACAUUAAAAGGUAAAACAUAAGAAACAGAUUUCUGAACGAAGUCUAGAAUCGUACGUUCUAUGAAUUAAAAAAAAAACUACCGUAUCCAGUUCCUCAUUUUGUAUGUUACAUUAUUUGCCAACUUAGAGACUAAAAUUGAAGCAACUGAUCCGAGUAAUCCAACUGAUCCAAUUUAGUAAUUUUAUGAAAAAAAAAUUGUCUCAAUCGGUGACCAUUCUUUAGACAAGUAUUUUUUUUCGUUUCACUAAUAGUAUGCAUCAGCUUAAAAACUUCAAAAUUGUUCUGGACAAGUCCAGGCUGUUGAUUUUAUUGAAUUGCCCAAAACAGGUCCACUUGGCAAACGUGCUUUCUUUAAUUUGUUACAGAUACCUUGAAAUUUAUAUUCUGUCACCGUAAUCGGCAACUUGUAAAACCACCGCAACAAAACAACUUAUGUCAGUACGUUUGUUCCACACUUGUAUUAAACAGAGAAAAUGGAAUAUUUCCAUAGAUAUAGGACGUUAAGAUAAACAAUCGUUUAUGAUGAAAUUCCGUGAUUUUAAACAACAACGCUUCUAAAUCUAAGAAAAGAAAUAAAUUUCGCUAAAUGUCACGAAUGUUUGUUCGAAACUCGCAGUAGGACUCGAGAACCUGGUGUUGUGGUUUGAAAAGAUUUAUAAUACUUUGAUAAAUUGGUUGGCGUAUGAACUCUUCUUCUGCUGUCAUAAAAUUCUCCUAAGUUCGUUUUCUGCUUCAACUAUUUACUGUAUCCGUUCUAUGGUAAAACUCUCACCGGAGGGCUUAUUGUUUCCACACCAUAUUUAAUGUUUUCAAUUUUCUCAUUGUUAUAAAAAAUUGCGGUUUUCAGGUGUUUAUUGUCUUCAACUUCGUGUGCUUCAAAUAUUUUUAUUCGUUGUGACUGUUAUCUCCGUUUAGCUAGGUAUAGUACUACCACUAGACUGCCAGAUUCUUUUUCAUGAUAUUGGUUUAGUCUCAAAAUGUCUCUGGGGUAAAAUUACCCCUACCAGAUUAAUUAUUUAAGCAACCCUGUUCAGAUAAGAGAAAACUAUUUAGGGUGAAUUACGAAGGUUGCGAACCAGUGAAGCUGGAAAAAAACACGAUAGUUGCCUCAAUAAAUCAAAAUGGUUCAAACCGAGGAAUAAGAACUGAUUACGUUGUCUUACCGUCAGUAUGAGAGAGGUUCUGAAAAAUUCUAUUUAAGAUGACAAAUAUGGAAGUUUCGACAACCUGAGCAUUACCGGUUUCAGGUCCUGUGCCUCGCAGCCAGUACCAUCACAGCAAAAAUGACUGAUUCGUUUGCACGAACUAGAAGCGUAAUACUCGACUGACAAACAACUCCUCCUUUGGUUCUGAUGAUAAAUUCCACUCCUGUUGUCAAAAUGCCAGUCAGUGAUUGCAAAGAUACGAUACAGAAAAUCAAAAUACCAUUGCCAGUUGAGAUAUAUUUAGGCAAUGCCAUAAUUGUUAAUUAAUAUAUACCACACAGAUACCAAAAAAUUAGUUUAUUUCUUGCGAUAUACCAAAAAAUGGUUGGAAAUUAAACUCUUGACGCGCGACUUUAUCUCAUUGACCGCUUAAGUGUGAAUACUACUCGCUAUUUCCUUCCAAACUAGCCAAUUAGCGCGCAUAAAAAGCACUGUUCACUUAAGUGGUAUAUACUGAUGACCGUUAUGUCCCUUUAUUGCCAGUUUUUUGUUGGAAACAACGACAGUAACACCAUAAAGUUAAAUCACAUGAUCCUUCCAGUAAAAGCAAAUGGAGUUACGCUGAUGCCAAUGGGUUUCAAAGAUAAUGUCGGCCUUCGACUGGAGCUGUAUGGCUGCAAAUCAGGUUAGUUUUCCUCUUACUGUUCAGUGCCAAAAGAUUAAUAUUUCCCGAACAAAUGCCACACGUAAUCAAAUUAAAUGUACUUGUAAGCAUCUGAUAUCAUCCACUGCAAGCAGCAAAUCACUUUUUACACGUUGCACAUCGCAUUUUGCAUAUCAGUAUCAGUUUUGCAAAAUUCUUUGGUGCACGAGUAAUGCUUCAGUUUAUCUUAAAUGUGCUUCCAUUUUCAUAUCUCAGAUUAUUAUCUUGUGGCCUUGUUGAUGUUGAGUAAGACGCCAUAUACAGUGGAUUCCCUGGCUUCAAGAAUGAUUGACGGCAAUGAUUUGACUCAAAUGUUUGGAGAUGUGGAAGAUCAGGUAAAGAGACAAAAACAUAAAGCUUAUAAAUUGGAGGACUGAACCAACAACGGCUGAGCUACUUGUUUUUCCUUUUCAUUGGGCCGAUUACAUAUCAUUAAUAUUAAUUCUCAUUGAUUGCUUAAGGUAGUUGUAAUCACUGUAGCGAUUUUUUACAUGGUUUAAUAUUGUGUAAGCACCCACUCCGAACAGUCUAAUGGAGGCUGAGCGAUUCAGUUGAAACAAUUCUAAGAGAAACCAGUUAUGUUCCGGUUAUCGUACAGGAAUAAGGAAGGGACAGCAACCAACAACCGGAAAAGGAAAAAAAACUAAUCGCGACGCAUUUUGACAUCAAUUUAUCGACCGUAAGGUCGUCUUGUCCGCAUAUGAACCCAUAUUGUUCUCACUACAAAGGUGUAGUAUAAAGAUUCUAAAAGUCUUUUGGCUUCAAAGUAGCGACAAGUUUUGUUUCUCUUUUUCUAUACACUAGGUGAGGGAUCUACUAAGCCAUACCCCGGGAUUUUUAAGUGUCCAAGCUCUACGCUUCAGGUACGUUGAGUAAGAAAUGAAUUUGAAUAACAAACUUUAACCUUUGUAUCAGCACUGCGAUUCUGCCUAGUUGUUUGUCGGUUCCACUCUCCCGAAGUUCGCGUACGAUACUCUUCCGAAUAUUAUAUAGCUGGGAUAUAAAAAUCGUUUCUCCACUCCAUCGGCCAAACAUUGCUUCUAAUUUUGGUUUCUAAAAUUUUUUUAAAUCAAGAAAUAUCCUCCAUGUGAUGUUUUACUUGGGUCAUCAACGAGCUCUCUUGGUCCAUGCACUCCCAAGGGUGACCGAAAAAGGUUCCAAAAAAUUUCUUCUUCAUGAUCAUGUUGCAUUGAUGUCGUGGAAAAUUUACUUUUCAGGUCACCUUUGAGAGUGCAAGGGCUAAGAGAACUCGUUAAUGACCUAAGCAAUAAGCCAUUACCAUUCAUAACAAGCGUCUCCAUACUGUUAGGAUCACCCUUAUCAACAGCGUCCUGAGUGGAGAUGGAAGGCAAAUGUUGUGCGUCUGUGACAACUUAGGAACAAUGAAAAAAAUGGCCUUCGUUACCUGCUUGAGCGUCUGCAGUUUUGAAUUUUUUUUUUCAUUUACUUCAUUCCUAGCCAGCCAGUGUUCUUUCCCGUCAAAUUCCCUUUUCCUUACUUCCAAAUGACUCAGAAUUUAUCCUCCUUUUUCGGGGAACACUGUCACAUAUCAUCCUGAUUUCUUCAUUUUAGCCCACGAGAGUCUCCCAGGAAGGGAGAAGGCACAGUGAUAACAGCGGAGGUAAAAAUCGAAUGCCUUCGAGCCGGCCAAUCGCAUAUUAUAGCACAACUGAAAGAAGAGAUUGAUUACGUGGAACUCCAAUACACAGGUAGGAUCAUAUAUGAAUCUCUCUCACUUGACCAGCAAAAGUACUAGGUUACUGAUUGAAGGAGUUGCCUUCUCCCAGAUUUGUCUCAAUAGAGCGUCGCAAAUUCUUAAAAAUUCAAGGUCGGGUCAUUUCCUGAUAUUAUUGAUAUUUGAAUAUUAAUGCUAUCGAUAUCCCGAUCGUGAAUGGAACCGCGUAAUCGACAAAAAUUAGCCUGUCGGGACUAGUAAUAACAGGGACUUCGAGAAACGAGCCCCUAGUGUCUCAAGUGGGUUAAGUUUAUUGUUGUCGAUUCUCACACUCUGACUUUUUUUUGCCAAGGUUCUCUCUUCUCCCUCCCUACACAAAAGACAGCACACCUGAUGCAAAUUUGAACUGGAUUAAGAGGAUGUGGAACCACAACGUACUUGUACUACUAAAAAAAAAUCGUUUGGUAGCACAAAUUAUCUCAGACACUUAUUGGUUAGACAUAUAUACACUUUAGUUCCCACUUUUCACUUGGACCAGCCAAACCCCACUCCACAACCAAGACUAGCAGUUUUCUUUUUGUCUAAAGACGUUUUCCUUACAUAUCGCAUACUAAUAUUUAGCUUGUUUUCUUUUUUUAUUACAGCCGACCAAACAAAACUUCUUGCAAAUAUUUCCCUGAACCUGAGCACAACCUUAGAGGGAGCAACAGAAAUACUUCCAGGCCAUUCAUACAGAAUUCAUGCAAUUUUGUCGUCAUCUGAGUCAAAUUCGACCAUGGCAAUGUAUACACAGUUAAACUUCGAAUGGGAACUUUCCACAGUGGAUGAAAAUACCGGACAAUUUUCUCCUUUCGUCAUCCUCGCUGACAAUGCAGCUAACAUAACAUUGACUCCUGACCUGCCCGUGGGAUUUACCUAUGUUCGUGUGUCUGCAAAACCGAAAGCAAUAAUUGGAGCCAUCUCUUACACGUUUGGUUUUAUAAGAAUUCUGCCUCAAUUGAGAGCAUUUGUUUCCGGCCCAAACACGGCCUUUAAGGGCGGUGGUCCUAUUGAGCUAAGUGUAGUAACUACUGGUGUACUGGGCACCUCAUUUGGUAUUGAGGCACCUAACUUGGAGUAUAUAUGGAGUUGUAGAGAGCGCAACGAAACUUCGUCUAACGCAACCUUUGGGGCUGGUUAUGGGUCUCGUUUUUUCAACUACACGAGUGCUAAAGGAUGCUUUGCUUAUGAUCCUGGAAUUUCGCAUUCUACAAACACACAAAGUGUGUUAAUAAAUCCAGACUUCAUGGUGGCUAAGCGAGCGUAUGUAUUUCAAGUACUUGUAACGCAAGGAAAGAGAUCUGUUGUAAUAUCUCACACAAUCUUCGUGGACACAAACUUAUCAUUUGCAAUCAGGUGAGAGUGGCCUCAUUCCAAGCAUAUCUAAUUAUGUCCUCUACCUUGUCUGUGUUGCAUGCGCCUUUUAUGAGACCAUGAUAAUUAAACACUAAAUCUGACCAUUCCCCUCAAACAGUAGUAAAUUCAGAUGGCGGAGCAGCAAAUAAAAUUAAGGAGUUUAACGCAGAUUAGAAAUAGCGAGCCAGAAAAGUGAAAGCCAAAUUCUCCGGAAAUAUAAAAAGUGUACGGUAGUUCAUGGAAGUUUAUUCAAACUAAACAUAGGUCACUUUUCAAAGAACUUUGCUCCGUCCUUUAUUAAAUAUGGAGCUGCACAUCUGAUUAGCUCAUAAUGAAAGAUACCCUAAAAACCUUUCCAUGCCUGCAGCUCAAGUGAGUCAGCUAACAUUUCUGUCAUCUUCACUUAGAUGUGUUGCAAACUGUGAAGAGAAGGUCAGCACAAGGAAGAGAUUUGCAUUAGAAGCUCAUUGCUCGGGGAUGUCUUGUCCCUUUCUCAGACACCAUCAAUGGUCUCUUUUCGUCAAAUCUAACAAGAGCUCCAAUGAAUCGUGGAGAGCGAUGGGAAACUUGGCAAACAUAUCUCUGACAUCCUUGACGGGUCCAAGUCUGAUUAUAGAAAAAGGAGACGCACUUUACCAAAAAAGUGCCCUACUGUCCAACCAAACUUACAAACUACUCAUGGUUGCCUGGUUGGACGAUGGUAAUUACGCAGAAAAUAGUUACGUUUUUCAUACAAAUGUCCCACCAUAUUCUCAAAGCGACAACACCGGAUGUUUCGUGGAUCCUACGAGUGGAGAAGCAAUCACAACAAAGUUUCAUGUGGAAUGUGCCAACUGGACAGAUUCUGACUUGCCUCUCACUUAUCAAUUUGCUUACAAAACUCAGUUUGGCGUUGUAGCUUUUCACACAGGAUGGCAACCAAACGUGACAACGGAGCUACCAAUGGGAGACAAACUGACAAACUAUUCCCUUGACCUGCGGUUGGAAAUUUUAGAUUCACUCGGUGACUAUUCCGUUGUGUAUUUAGCUGUUCAGGUAAAUUAUCCUUCGUUGCAUUUCACAAUAACGAUUUUAUAGCAUCCUUAUCAUAAAGGUGUCAUCUAGAAACUUGGAUCUGUCUUUUUCCUCACGAUCGGAAAAAGUAACUUGAUAUUGAUUCUGCUACCUUUUUUUCCUUCGUUUUUGACCCGUAUUAAUAACAAACGGAUUGUCAAUGACAGAUUAAAACGUUUUGGUAACUUCCCAAAGUAAAAGGUUGUCAUAGCUUCUCUAAGACCAAACAGAAACAAUCUUCAUGUUCAACUAAAUCAGUCGACAAACAAAAUAGGUUCUGUGAACCCCAUCUCAAAGGAAACAGAAAAAUCCAGGACUCUAAAAAUUAGUUCAUGAGACAUUUUCACCACGCUCUUAUUCAGACUAUGAGGCAUCGAAUAGUUGCGUCCUUCUAUGCUGAUAUAUGAUGAAAAACCAUUUCACAAAUUACCGACUAUUUUGGUGAAAAUCUCCUCAUAAAAAAAAACUGUUGGUGUUGCUUAUCGUUCUCUUUCAGGUUACACCUCCUAAAUAUUCAAAUUUGAUGGAGUCCCAAGGUCAACUGGAUAACCUAUUUGCAAGCGGAGAUAUUGAUAGAGCUAUGCAGAUGGCUUUUGCCCUGCUUUCUGCGGCUGGUGAUUCAGAUGGUGCUCAAUCGGUAAGUUUAUUGAAUUGUGCAAAACUAACAUGAGUAGGAUGCUUCUUACUAGUAAUCCAUUGCACGAUUCUAUAGCAGCAAAACAAUCUCAAACUUUUCUGUACUUUUGUCAAAUAUAUAUUACAUACGUACCAUUUUUACUUACUUUAGUCCUUGUUCUAUAGUACAAAAGCUCAUUGAUCGACAAAAUGGAAAAUAUCAAAGUCGGUAGUGUAGAGCAGGCGACGAUGGUGGUAGGAGUUCUCGCUAUGGCCACAGAUAAUGACGAUGGAAUAUCAGGGGAUUCUCAGGUAAAAAAUGCAAUGUAUUUGCUGACAAAUUUGUUAUGCAGCUGCUCUGAGAUAUUUAUACUCAUUCAGGCUGUCUAUGUACAAAAGGUAGAUCAUUCUACUGCCCUAGCCUGCUUUGGAUAGGUGUCAGACUUAGACUGCUAGAUUAACUGGCAUGUCAUGCUGACUUUCCCAACAUUUCUUCGAAUCAACCUUUAGCGAAUUCUUCCCGUCAUGCAUUUUCUUCUUGCAUUUAAUGCCCUGGACAAUUUUUGAAACAUGAAAUAUCAUUUUACUUAUAGGAAAAGGCUUUGAACUUGCUUGGUAGCACCGUGGACUUCCUUUCGUCUCAAAUGUCAAAUGGUUCGAUGGACACGGAAUUGGUACAGAGUUUAGGCACCAGUCUCUUUAGUGGAAUUGGAAACGUGCUUGGAGCAGCCUCUGGUGAGGCUGGGGCCGAGAGUGAUGAUGCUGAAGGAGAAGAUGAAGAAGACACAGAUUCUGACAAAGGCCAGGUUGACUCGGAUGAAAUGAAGGAAAAGGUAAAUCUUUCAUCCUCCUCUGACCACUUUCUUUGCCUUAAGGACUGCGCACUGAUCCUACUGUAGUAUAACAGAAUGUACCCCACCACAACGUUUUUUGUUUUUCGUGAUACAGAGCAAGCAAAGGGCCCAAAAUGCUUUAAAUCUGGUGUCACAAGUGGGAGAUAGCCUGCUUUCCACAAAAGCUGUGGGGGAAAAGCCCACUGUGUUCAAGACCAAGUCCAUGGGAGUUGUGCUAGAUCGUCAAAGAAGCUCCGAUAUGGGAGGCAAGAAGCUUGGCGAGGGCUCCAAUGGUGUGGCUUUACCCUCAGCAGACUCUCUUUUUGGUAACAAUGGGCCUGACGCCGUUGAUUCACAGGUAUGAAUUAUUAUGCACCUUUCGGCACUGCAUUUGUAACGCACGUCUGCUUACAAGUCAUCUCAGGAUACAUAGAUGAUCAACGAAAGAACAAUCUUGUUUGUCCCAGUAUCUAAUUUGACUGAAGGAAAGAUCAAAGAUGGCUGCCGGAAAAAUUAACUUUAAACAAAUCAUGUACCUCUUUUUAGUGCUGGUCAUUUCCUUGCUCGGGUCCAGAAAAUAAUAGAUAUAAAAGAAGCGCUGUCGUAUUGCAACCUCAAAUAAAAUUGGCCUAGGGGUGUUCUCUCCGAAAAAGAAGUUAGAAAAAGCCUCAUCAACGAAAACUUGGCUUUUCCUCUCGAUCUUAGAUUAAACUAAGUUGGAUCAUUUCUUCCUGGAUACAAACUCAAAUUAGGUCUGUAGAUUCACCAACGGGAAACAUUGGACCUUGUGAUGCAUGGAUAUGAAACACGUGCACGUGUCGCAAGUUUUGUAAUGUGCAACUUGUACAUGUUUUUUCUUCGAACUAGAUGUUGGCAUUUAAGGAUAACCCCUUCACAUGGGACAUGAGUGCAAAAACGGUUAAGUCUUCAGUUAUUGACUUCAAACUCAAGUCUAAAGGAGGUGAUGCGUUAAACAUCUCAGGGCUUCAGGAACCAGUUGAGCUAUUUAUUCCCAUAGCGAGCCAGGAAGGUCCUUCCGAUAAAGACAACAGCUCAGCCGAAAGCUUGUUUUUUAAACCAAGUAAUGGAACGUCAAAUCUUCGCUACCACAGGUUUUUGGUUUCAUCUCACGAAGUGCAAGUAACGAUACAAAUAAAGCCCGAGAAAGGGAGACAGGUGGAUGUCUUCGUCAACUACAGAACGAAACCAACACCUCGUCGCAAUGUUUUUAACGCCACUAUCCCAAAUUGGUCUUCCUGUACUAACUACAGUGGUAAAUCUUCGGACAUGCUAAAUUGUUCCUCGGAUCCUUACACUUUCACAUUUUCGAGUUUAAUAUCUGGUCAUACUGGCCCUCACUUUCUUGGCAUUCGAUAUAUAAAAAGAGAUGGUGAAGCCCAAUCAAACAUCACUUCUAAGCGAAAAAGAAGAUCAUGUGGUCUCAUCCAUGGACGUAUGAAAAGGUCAUGCGUAGAAGUCAAAGACCCUCCUACCACACCUCCCCCGACACCUAUGAUUAUAGUCCCAAAGUACGACUCUUCUACGGAUGUAAAUUACUCGUUGAGUAUCUCUGUAAGCGGUUGCCUGUACUGGUCAGAAACGAAAGAGAAAUGGACGGGAGAAGGAUGCAAGGUGCGUUUGUAAGCUGACAAGUGUUGUUGGUCUGAAAAAACUGUAUAAUGACUUUUUCCCACUCAUUAUGUGGAGGUGUUAGGUUAAUAACAGUCAUGUGCGUUCAUGUAGUACGUUUUGUUGUAAUGAUAACCGAUGGUCAGCAUCACCUUCAAGACUGCAUGCAUUUAUCAUUUCAUUUGUAGUUCUUUUAUUAAUCAUUUCAAAUCUUUAAAAUUUAUCAAAUGGAGUCGUGCUACGAAUUACUAUGGUGAUUACAUUUAGUGAAAUGUCGAGUAGCCACUUCCUGAUAUCGAUUUUACUCAAAGGCAAAAUGAAUGACAUACACAGUCGUCAUCUGUUACUUAACUUUCGUUCUGUUUCCUCGCUGACGCAUUGUGUCACUGUUUGGAUAUCUUAUUCCAUACAGGUUGGACCGAAGUCAAACUCGAAACAGCUACACUGCCUAUGUACUCAUCUCUCUGCAUUUGGUGGCGAUUUCUUUGUUGCACCAAACCCCAUAGACUUCGACAAAGUUUUUGCAGCAUUUGGCAGCUUGGCUGAGACAGGCAACUUUGUCGUGCUAUCCACAGUUUGUGCCCUUCUUGGACUCUAUGUAAUCGGUCUUAUAUUGGCCAGGAGAGAAGACAAGCGCGAUGAGUUAAGGGUAAGAAAACCAACUGGUGUUUUGAGCGUCAUCGGUAAAAUUGCCAUCGAAGUAUAUAUUUUUAGUUACAUGUUCCAUAUAUGUUAGUUACAUGUUCCUCAGGGUAAAUUUUGCGACAAUUUUAGCAUAUUUUAACGAAAUGGUAGCAGAGAAAUUUAAUAUGAGCAGCGAAGAACAAAUAUGGCUUUAUAGCUCUUUAUUUGUGCAAGUUAACGUCUUAUGAGGCGUUUUCAUCCUGAGAAAUAGUCUUCCCUUCUAUACAAGAACUUGUACCUAAUUAUAGGUAGAAAAAAAUAUCGUUAAGAAUUACGACCUAACUAAUGAGUGAUAAUUCGAUCUCAUUAUUCUUUUCAGGUGAUAGCAAACGUUUGCAUCAACGAGAAUCAAGGAGACAACAAAUACUUUAUAUCCAUACAGACUGGUAUGUGGAGAGCUAAUGGAACUACCGCAAAUGUGGGUUUGGCUAUUCAUGGCAGCGAUGGGAAUACAGAGGAUAUCACCCUGACUGAUUCUCAGUCGGAGAAGAUCUUCUUCUCCAGAGGCAGCAUCAACAAUUUCACCCUAAGUCUACCAGAGGCACUCGGUUCACUAGAGAAGAUCCGUAUCUGGCACGACAACAGCGGAGAUAAUCCGUCUUGGUUCUUGACGCAAGUGCUCAUUGUGAACAUGUCGACAGGAGAAAAAGCACAUUUCGUGGCGAACAGGUAAAUCACUCCUCAGAUCCUUUCAACCUCGGUCCGUUCAAUACCGAGUAUUUGUUACUCUUUUCGGGCUGCAUGUGUUAAUCAUUAGUACGUUAAAACUGUACGAGUUACAACUUUAUUAACUCGGUGCAUGCUUCUAUUCAAGAGGAAAAUUAAAAUGAGAAGAAAAUUAAAUGAGAGGAGAAUGGUGUUGUGCAUAAUAACUGCACUAGCACGAACUCUUCAUACCUGUCUAAUAGGACCUUCUACUCAUAUAGCUGAAAACGAAGUUUAAUCCACAUUUUAGGCGUUGAUUCAGCAUGCAGAUGGAUAUUCCGAUAUACCUUUUUUCUUGUUUGUAGAUGGAUUGCGGUGGAAAAAGAAGACGGGAAGUUGAAUCUUGAGUUAACAGUCUCUGGGAAGAACGAGAUUUCAGGUUUCAAAAACUUAUUCUACUCGAGAACAGCCACAAGCCUUGGAGAUAAGCAUCUCUGGUUGUCAAUUUUCACUCGACCACCACAUAAUCCAUUCACUCGGGCUCAGCGUCUGGCAUGCUGUAUUUCUAUUCUAUUCGCUGCCAUGGUUACCAAUGCCAUGUUUUACAAUUUCGGUACACCACCUGGAGACGCGGUGCAGAUCGGUCCCCUCAAAGUGAGUCUUACACAGAUUAAGAUCGGCAUCCAAAGUAGCAUAGUUGCAAUCCCUGUUAACGUACUGGUUGUAACCAUCUUCAGACAGUUAAAAGCGAAGGAAACAGGCAAUGACGAAGAUGAUGGUGCAAAACGCAGAGGAUGUUUACCUCAUUGGUUUGUCUACGUUGCCUGGUUUAUCUGCACCAUGGCAACCCUGACUUCAGCUGCGUUUAUUGUAUUCUACAGUCUCAUGUGGGGUGCAGAGACAUCCAAUGAAUGGCUUGUGUCGGUAAUGGUGUCUUUCUUUCAAGAUGCCAUAGUCAUGCAGCCACUCAAAGUUCUAUUGGUUGCCUCCAUACUGUCUGUUUUGGUGAAGAAACCUCCAGAACAGGAGAAAAUAAUGGGUGCAGAAGUUCAAAGGAACGCGGCUGGAGAGGUCAUCACUCCCAAUAAGUCAGAACUUGAGAGGGCUCGAAAGUUUAGAAGCAGUCUCGUUCAAAUUGGUCGCAAGGUUGUAGAAUUUACUCUUUUUGGAAUAUUUAUACUUCUUAUGAUGGUGGUGUGCUACGGCAACAGGGGUGUUGAACGAUUCAUGGUUACUCAGUCGAUGGACAACCUUUUUCAAACAUUUGCCAUAAAGGUAAGAUUUUUUUAAAAUCAUUAUCAACAACAAUUUCUGGCAGGAUAUUGUGAAGAAGAUUGAGAUAAAAUAUGGGGUUUUCCAGCAAAUAUCUCAUGCAAUACGCUUUGGUAAUCUCCGUUUCGUGAAGCCAUUGAUUAGGUGUCUUUCAAUAUUGCUCUAUUCGCCCAUUUAAAAUUACAUUUGUGCAUGUGAUUUUUAGGUCAAAGACACGCCAACUUUCUGGGAAUGGUCAAAGAAAUUUCUCGUGCCAAACUUGUAUGAAGUCGAUUGGUAUAAUGGCCGCAGCUUUGAGUACAAGGAAGGAUUCCUCAGUAACCGAGCAGCUUACUUAGUCGGUAUGCCGAGAAUGCGACAGUUAAGGAUUAAAACAGGUAAGCAGGACAAUGGUUAGUUUUCUCAGUAUCUUUCUUAGUUAUCAAACUAUUCCCACAUGAACUUGCGUGUCAGCCAGCGGGAGUAACAGUGCUUCUAGUCGCUUCAUGCUAUGGAAACCGGAAUAAGCUCCGACCAGCUUAGACCAUUGGCUAGAGUGCAGACUUUAUCCUAUUUGCUAUGCACUGCAUGCAGCUGAGGCUGAUUGCUGCAUCUACUUACAUUUCAUUAAUCUCCAUUAUUUUGUAUUUCUCAACAGGAAAGAAUUGCACCAUAGCAAAGAAAGAACCAUCCCUGGCACGUCAGUUUGUUAGAUGCGUUCCUUUCUACACAAGCGAGACGGAAAGCGUUUCCCAAUUCAACAGACCAGGAUGGAUCCCUGUAAAAAAUGCCACAGCCUUUUACACAGAGUACGAACUCGAAAAUCAGUGUCCUAAGCCUUGGCGGUAUCUCAAAUCUGAUGAUCUUCAAGUAAGACCCUUUGGGGGCCAAAUGGCUACAUUUGUCGGUGGAGGGUACGUAGCGGAUCUUGGGUAUAAUUCUCGUACAGCACUGAAAGUUAUCAGAGUUUUAGAGGAAGACAACUGGAUUGAUGACCUAACCAUGGCUGUUUUCACUGAAUUUACCAUUUUUGAACCGUCCAGCUCACUCUUUUCUACUAUAAAACUUCUGUUUGAAAGAUUCCCGACGGGUGGAUCCAGUGUCAGGGUAUCAAUUAAGACUCUAUCACUGUAUGCUUCGUCUAAUCCUGACUCCAGGUCGCUCUUUCAAGUUUGCCAACUUCUGUUGAUGAUAAUUCUGAUCGUCUUUUUGUUUGCGGAGAUUGGAAAACUGCGUCGUGAGAAAUGCUCUUAUUUUAAACAAGUAUGGAACUGGUUGGAACUUUUGCAAAUCGCUAGCACAAUCUGCUCAUUGGUAUUCUUCUUCAUCAAAGAAUCUCAAACGAGCAAGUACGUGAAAAAACUUCAAGAAAAUCCCUUCCAGACGUCAAGCCCUGAUAAGAUUGAGUUUAUGUCUGAUAUGGAAACGUAUGUACUUUCUUUCGUCAUCUUCAUAAUGACAAUCAAGUUCUUAAGGCUGAUUAAGUUUAACAGCCACGUUUGUCAAGUUUUAGGAACAAUGCAGAAGGCAGCCAACAAUGUGCUUUCCUUUAUGAUUGUAUUCGUUACAAUUCUGUUAGCUUACACUCAAGUUGGAUUUUUGGUAUUUUCAUCCGACGUCGAUGCGUACAGAUCAUUUUACAGCUGUUUACGAGCCAUGUUGCUAUUGCUUUUUGGAGGCGAAAUGCGUUUGGAUGAAUUACGAUCUACAAGCAGAUUCAUUACUCCGUUUUUUAUCUUCGGAUAUCUGUUUUCCAUGGCGAUGGUUCUCUUAAAUAUGUUUCUUGCGAUCCUAAAUGAGUCUUACUACGAGGUCAAGAACAUGGAUGAUGGAGAAACGUUUGCCGACGCCGAGCUGGGGGCAUUCGUGGCAGAUUACAUGAAGGACAAAUAUCACAGAGUAAAAGAUGACACUUUGGAACUCAUAGAGGAAACAAUUAACGGAAUCAUAGGCUUUAUUCGUGGAGACAGAAAACAGUCUGAAGACGAGGCUCCCUUACAGAGCCGACCAGAAGAGUCUCAGAGCGAAGAAGCCAAACUUGCCUCUCUAGAUUCUAUGGAUGAUAUUGGAGGUGACGAUGAUAGGAAUGGUGGAGAAGCAGAUCAUCUUGUCAAGACUGGUUCCAGGGAGAACCUGUCAGACUUAAUGUGUGAAAGUGUAUCGCUCAGUGACCUUAAGGAAGCGAUUCUUCAGAUUGGCCGUGAAAUGCGCCAAUCCGUGACGUCACUCACUUCAGCUGUCAGUAAUUCAUCGUUGUACGAAAAAACCUCGAAAAAAGCUGUUCAUUGGCUGGAUGAGGAAGGAGAAUCAUUGAACUGUGACAAUCGAACCUCGUCAUAUUUCUUUUCUCUUGGUAGCUACCUCGAAGACAUCUGGCAAAAAGAGGAAGAGAGGAGAAAGAGAACUAAGAAAAGUCGGCCGAAAGGUCAUCGUCAUCGUGGUUACAAACGGCGGCACAGACCUACUCGCCAGGAGAUUUACAUGACAAAAAAUGUACAGUAA